UACGAAGCAAGUUCUCUCAUAGAAAGCAGCGUGUGAGUUUGCGCGGUGGACGUACUCGACUCGCAGAGGUUCUGAAUCGGCCGCUGUUCUCUAGCUCGUGCUCGAUUGUGAAAAUUCCCCCCCCUGCCUCUGCAAAAGCAGUUGAUUCCGAGAGGUAAUUGUUCCGCUGUUUAUUUGUUUAUCAUCUCGAUUCGUGAGCACCUGCUUUAGGCUUAUCGAAAAUUGAAGUUAGCGGUGAGCAAUAACGGAGCAACAGGUCCCGGAGGUUGAAAGGUACUCGGCGGUUUCUUCUUUCUCGCUUAGCCGUAAACACGGAGGCUGUCACCAUUCGGCCUAGCAGCGCUUGUCCUUGCCAGCUGUGCUGCAGCUCGCACCCGCUGGACCAACAACCAACCGCCGCCAGUCCAGUACCCCUGGCAGUGAUGGACCGUGAUUACACCACCGCCUAUCAUUUUGGCGUGACCCAUACUGGGGGUCUCGACCCUUCCGAACUGAAAGUAGGGGGCGGAGGCAUGGGGCCCCCUCACCAUCCUCAUGGCGGUCAUCAUCCUGGAAGCCAUCAUCUGGCAGCUAGCCACCAUUCUCCCAGCUCUAAUACCUCUUCGAAUAACCAGGGUCAUCAAGGAGGCAUGGGUCCAAACAGUAAUGGAAACUCUGGUGGAAACAAUAGUGGAGGCAACAGCAACAAGAAAGACAUAGAAAGAGUAAAAAGGCCUAUGAACGCCUUUAUGGUAUGGUCAAGGGGUCAGCGGCGUAAAAUGGCCCAAGAAAACCCCAAAAUGCAUAAUUCUGAAAUCAGCAAACGUCUGGGUGCCGAAUGGAAAUUACUUUCCGAAGCUGAAAAACGACCUUUCAUCGAUGAGGCAAAGAGACUUCGAGCUGUGCAUAUGAAAGAACAUCCCGAUUACAAAUAUCGGCCUAGAAGAAAAACUAAAACUUUGAUGAAAAAAGACAAGUAUCCAUUGACUGGCGGUUUGCUACCUGGUGAUACCCGAUCUCCUGCAGCUAGUGUGCCCCAAGUGAGCCGUGAUAUGUACCAGAUGAAUGGGUACAUGCCCAACGGAUACCCGACCAUGAUGCAUGAAGCUGCUCAUGCUUACCAGCAACAUGCGGCAGGCUAUGGGUCUCAGAUGUCCACCAGCGGACUUUAUUCUCGUUAUGAUCAUAUGACUCAAAUGCACAAUCCUAUGACCACGGCCGCUUCGUCGAUGCCUGUCCCUUACAUGAAUGGCAGUUCUAGCUACUCUGUUCCCAUGACAUCGUACUCGUCCAUGCAAUCGGGGCAACCUAUGGGAGGCAUCAAGGCCGAACCCAGCUCCAGCGGACAAAACAGUCCGAGUGCGAUGACCACAGCGGCAAUCGCAGCAGCAUCUCGGCGGGGUUGCAAUAGUGAUCUACGGGACAUGAUCAGCAUGUACCUACCGGGUGAUUCCGGCGAUCCGAAUGCAGUACAGAACAGGUUACAGAUGCAAACGCAUUACCCAGGUACGGAAUCCAUAAGUUCUGGGACAAUGCCAUUAACACACAUGUGACUGUAGGACUUCAAGCGCACGACGAUCCUCAAUAAUAAAAUGUGACUGUACUCUCAUACUUUGAGAAACUUGAACCGCGCCAAGGACACGCCACAGUAAAACAUUUUGCGAACGUUUGUGGAUGACGAUUCAACAAGGCACGUAAGUAGCCUUACAGAAAGUUUUCUUCUAUUUAAAAAACAAAAUGAAAAAAAUAAAUCCAAAUAGAGAAACAAAUUACCCUUUCCAGAGGGAAAUUAGAUGUAGAUAGUGCAUAGUAUCUUAUUGAUUUUUAUCAGUAAAAACUCCUAAAAUAAUUUUUACUAUGAACAAAGUAACGAUUCUACUCAUCAUCGUUCUGAAAGGGUUGUUUUGUUUUGAAAGUGUAUAAUGAAAACCAAAAGUAAUUGCUUAUUGUUAAACAGUUUAUUAGUUUUAAAAUGAUUGAAUUUUUAUUAAUGUAAAAUUUUGAGCGAUUGAAGUUCUAUGUAGAUUAUUUGCUUGCUUGGUAUCAUGAAUUGUGAAACUUAACAAAAUUCACGAACUUAUUUUGUUACGGAAAGUUUUUUUGUUCAGAGAAAUAGAUUUGUAUCUAUUAAUUCAUACAGCAGGACAGAACUAUGCAUCACAGAUAUUUAUAUGUGUUAUCACAGACUUGCUGAAACAAAAACUCUUCAAUGCUAAGUCCCUCUUGUUGUAUUAUAUAGUAUUUGUGGGGGAUGACAGCAUUUUCAAUACCAUUAAGUGUAUAAAGUGUUGUGUGAGAGAACCUGAAUGCAUUUUUUUCCUGCACUUAGAUGUGAUUUAUCCCAUUAUUUUCCUGCCGAAAAAUUAUUUUACUGCAAAAUAAGACUAAUGAUGGCUCAGCUGCAAUAAAUUUCAAGUUCUGUAUUAAUUGAUUUAGAUGCAACAAAAUCACAAAAUCAAAAUUUAAAUGUGUAGUUAAAUGAUUAGCAUAUAAAAGUUUGCUUAAAUAUAUGAUUUUUGUUGUGAACGUUUUGCCGAUUUUAAUUGUUGAAGAUUUUCAGCAAUUUGCUCCUGUUGCGGGUGAGUUUCGUAUUUUUCACAUUUAAUUAGUGAUUCUUUUAGGAAAAUUUUUUUACAUAUGUAAGUUAAAAGUCAGAAUUAUUUUGUUCACUUGAGUAUAAAAAACCUUAAGCAGAAUCAUUUUUUACAUGUCACUUUUUUAAAAAAAUUUUGUAAUACCUAGCAAAAUUUAUUCAAGUAAUAAAAUUACAAUUUUAUAAUAGUUAAAAUUCGUUCAUUGCUGAACCAUAGUAUUAUAUUAAGAAUAAGGUAAAAGAAUUUGUAAUAUAAAAACUGUACCUAAAAUUAUUGAUACUUUUCCUUUAUAUAAAGCUGAUUAUUCUUUUUGCAUGGUUCCUGAUACGAUUCUAUAUGCUUUUGGAUAAUUUUUAUUUCAUUCCUAGGAUAUAUUUAAAAUGUUAUUACUAUGAAUUUUAAUUUCAUUCAGAGAUUCAGCAGUUUAAUGCUGGGAUAUGCUAUAUUAUUUUUUAAAGUGAAAAAUCAUUUACAUUAACAAAAUUAAUUUGAUCAUCAUUUAUUAUUUUAUUGUAAUUUGCUGCUUCAGAUACAUGAAAUGAUGCUUUCUCAUAAUUUUUCAACACAUUUCUUGUAAUGAUUACAGCAGCUUGAUUUAGAUAUUUCAUUCUAACAUAGCGCUUAAUGAUUUAAUAUUUAGUAUUACCUAUUUCUCCUUUCGACCUUGUAUAAGUAAGACAACAGUAAAUGAAAAACCUAGAAAAUGUUUUGAAAUUAAUUUCUAAACUUUUAAUGCUAAUUCUGUUGUGCAUUGUAUAUACAAAAUACAACGAUUUAUGUUUUAUCAGUAGUGCAGUAAAAUUCUAACAAGUUUCAAGUGUGUAUGUCUAGAAAAUGUUAAGUACAGUAGAAUUUUCCCACUACCGCAGUGUUUCUUGAGUAUUGAAAUAGCCCAAGACUGUCAUUCUGAAGGUCAAAGAACCAGAAAAUUACACUGUUCUUUGUGUACCUUAGGGGUUUGAAGCGAUUGUCCAGUAAACGGAUACAAACAAUCGAAUCUUUCAAAAAAAGAAGUGUCCAUUAGAAGUACUUCCUUCAACAGCCCCCUAUAGAUCCUAUUUUCCUCCCUCCCUCGGGUGUCAAGACUUUCUUCCUCGUCUUUUGUUGAAUAUUUUCUGGUUUAACCCAGCUGCUACUGUUGAAAUAUUUUUGCAUUCAGUUUGCGAAAAUAUUAUGCACUUCAAUUUGGCGUAUGCAAUAUUUUUUCGAAACGUUUUCAAACAGAAAAAUACAUUUUCUGGUUAGAAUUAGAUAAAAUUAAGCCUUAGAUUUAUCUAACUACUUUUAUAGAAAAACUCUGCACGUGCUAAAUUGCUGUUCUUUGAAAUCAUAUAUGUACUUGAUCUUCAAAGUUUCUUACAUUUUUUUGAGAAAAAUAUUUAAAAAUGGAUGUAAAAACAUAAUAGUAAGAAUAGUUGACUUACUUUAUCGAUAUUUUUGGAAAUAUCAAUGUAUAAUACAUAAUUCGUAUUUUCUAGCUUCUAAGUCAUUUAAGCAAUUGCUCUUCGAAGAUUCUUGCAUUUUUUUUUUAGAAAACUACGUGAUAUUUGCUAAAUAUAUGAGACUUUACUUCUUUAAAAUUUAAUUUUUAUUGCUUUAAACUCCGAGGUGUGUUCUCGAUUACUGGAAAUUUUUAAAUAUUAUUAUUUUUUUAUGUGAAAUCCAACUGCGUGUGAAAAGAGGAUAUACAAAACAUUUAUCAUUUAAAAUUUUGUGAGAAAUCAUUUUUAUGCAUAAGUUAUACUUCCCGUUAAGUCAUGUAAUGUUAAUCUUUUUAACGUAUUUACGUAUAUUUCCAUCUCAAGCCGAUUUAGGUGCUUGUGAAAGGAAAUAUAAGGCAAAAUUUUUAUGAUUUUUAUGCUUAAAAAUGUAAUGAUACGUCAUUUUUAUUAAAUAAUGUAAUAUGACACAAUUGCAGCAAGCCAAAAUAGUCUCAUUUUGUGGAAAGAGCCCGAAUGACAAUACUGUUGUUCUUCAUUUGUACAUAGCGCACUGUUUCAGUGAAAAUGGCACGAUGUGGUGUCGAAUUUCGUAGUCAAUGCAUAAAAAAGAAAAAAAAAUCUUUGAAAAUAAACAGGCAGAGUUAUCCUACAAAUUCUAGUUCAUGUUUUUAUUUCACCUAUGUUACUUGAAAUACACACUAACCUAAUAUCUAGGAUGUGCUUAAGGUACUAUGUUAUAAGGAAACCUCAUAAUUAGGAAAAAAAAAAACUGUUUUAAUGUUUAGUAGAAUAUUAUUGUAGAGCACUGAUCCAAAAAAACAUAUGCCUACGCUAAGGAAUAUAUUUCUUAUAUUCAUUUUUUAUUAUUAAAAUUGUUGUAAAUUGAUUUCUUAAUUGUAUUUAAAUGAUUGAGAGAGCUUGGGUUAUGAAACUCAUAUGAUGGAAUGUUUUAUUAUUUCAAAUUAAUGGCUGAAAGGAGUUGUAAAUUAGAUGCUAUAGACAAGUAUCAUAACAAAAUGAUGGCUCAAUCGGUUUUCGCUUUUCAGGAACUUUUGUAAAAAUGUACAUUUUGUACAUAAAUUGACGAAAGUCUUUCAGUCAGUCGUACCAAAUACAGUCAUGUCAUAAUUUAUUGUCUGUUUGUUUUGUAAAUAAAUCUGUAUAAUUAUCUAA